AUGGAGUCCAACGAUGACAUUUGCAGUGGAGAAAGAAGAUGGCGUUGUUUUUGGCGACGGGCGGCCUGCCUCUUUGUCUUGUUGUGUUGUUUUCUAAACGGAACGGAGGCACAAAUCCGCUAUUCAAUCCCAGAGGAGAUGAAAAAAGGCUCACUUGUCGGAAAUGUGGCCCAGGAUCUCGGUUUGGAUCUAAAAAGACUCCGUUCUGGGCGUGCCCGCAUCGUGACGGGGGAGAACGUUCAGUACACGGAGCUGAGGACAGACAAAGGGCUUCUGGUCGUCCAUGAGAGGAUAGAUCGAGAGCUGCUUUGUGGAGACGUGACGCCGUGCAGCUUCACCUUUGAGAUUUUACUGGAAAACCCCAUGGAAUUACACCCUGUGACCAUCGAAGUCCGCAACGUGACCGUUCGCAUGAUAAUCCAGGACCAGAACGACAACGCCCCCCAGGUCUUGUACCCGGUCCAGACGGGCGGCUCGGUGCUGGCUGAAAUGGUGCCUCGUUCAGCAGAUGUGGGCUAUCUGGUGACUAAAGUGGUGGCUGUGGAUGUGGACUCUGGACAGAACGCCUGGCUCUCCUAUAAAGUGCACAAAGCCACAGACAGGGCGCUGUUUGAAGUGGGCCUACACAAUGGAGAAAUAAGAACUGUCCGCCAAGUCACUGAUAAAGAUGCCGUCAAACAAAGACUGAGUGUUCUAGUGGAGGACAACGGGCAGCCCUCUCGUUCAGCUACAGUCAUUGUUAACGUGGCGGUGGCGGACAGCUUCCCUGAAGUGCUGUCAGAGUUCACUGACUUUAGCAUGCACGACAAGGAGUACAAUGACAAGCUGACUUUUUACUUAGUCUUGGCUUUGGCUGUGGUCUCCUUCCUCUUCAUCACCUGCUUGCUGCUCAUCAUAUCAGUCAAAGUGUACAGGUGGAGACAGUCUCGCGUCCUCUACCACUCCAACCUCCCUGUCAUUCCAUAUUAUCCACCACGUUACUCAGACACUUUGGGGACAGGGACUCUCCAACACGUGUACAAUUACGAGGUGUGCAGGACCACCGACUCCAGAAAAAGUGACAUGAAGAAUAUGCAAGCCAUGAGUCAAAGUUUAGUGAGUGUGGAUGGAGCUGAAGCUGAUACACCACAUGUGACCAAGCAGAUGUCAGGAAACUUUUCACAGAUGUCAACUUUGAGCUUCACUGCUGAGGAAGACGACGGUCUGCUCGCCAUUUGA